AUGACGGUCUACGACACUUUACUCUGCCUUUAUAUGGUCAGCUUAGAGGUUGCUAAUGACUGUGACCUUGAGCCCGUCGCUUAUGAAUUUUUCACUCAGGCAUUUGUAUUAUAUGAAGAAGAAAUUGCGGACUCUAAAGCCCAGGUAACUGCAAUACAUUUGAUUAUUGGAACUCUCCAGAGAAUGAAUAUCUUUGGCGUUGAGAACAGGGAUACAUUAACACACAAGGCCACAGGGUAUUCAGCAAAGCUUUUGAAGAAACCCGAUCAGUGUCGAGCUGUUUAUGCAUGCUCACAUCUCUUUUGGGUUGAUGAUCAAGACGGUAUUAAGGAUGGAGAAAGGGUGUUGCUUUGCCUCAAGCGUGCUUUGAGGAUUGCAAAUGCUGCUCAGCAAAUGGCCAAUGCAGCCAGGGGUAGCAGCGGUCCAGUUACACUUUUUGUUGAAAUACUGAACAAGUACAUAUACUAUUUUGAGAAAGGAAAUCCUCAGAUCACUAGUGCUACUAUCCAGGGGCUUAUAGAAUUAAUCAAGACUGAGAUGCAGAGCGACUCUGCAUCGGUUCUUCCAGUUUCAGAUGCUUUCUUUGCUAGCACACUGAGGUACAUUCAAUUUCAAAAACAGAAGGGCGGUAUACUGGGUGAAAAGUAUGAUUCUAUCAAGGUCUAA